AGACGCGUGCACAGAAACAAAUCCAGAGAGAGACAAUGAGCUCUCAAAUUUCUCCCAAAUAUUGAACCUGAAUUGAGAUCGUGAGACUAAUCCCAACAAAAACAACAACAAAUCCAAAGAAUCAUCAUUUCCUUCCUACACCAUUGUGAAUCUACAACAUGUCACCGUCAAAGAAGCACGCCAUUUUCAUAUCUUCUCUCAUAAUCCUCUGGUAUUCCUCAAACAUUGGAGUCCUUCUCCUGAACAAGCUCUUGCUCUCCAACUAUGGCUUCAGGUUCCCAAUCUUCCUCACAAUGUGUCACAUGACGGCCUGUGCAGUCCUCAGCUACAUCUCCAUUGUUUUUAUGAAGGUUGUUCCUCUCCAGAGUGUCAAAUCAAGGUCACAAUUCCUUAAGAUUGCAACUUUGAGCAUUGUGUUUUGUGGGUCUGUUGUGGGUGGAAAUAUCUCGUUGAGGUUCUUGCCCGUAUCUUUCAAUCAGGCUGUCGGUGCUACGACGCCUUUCUUUACGGCUUUAUUCGCGUACUUGAUGACCUUCAAGAGAGAGGCUUGGGUCACUUAUGGCGCUCUUGUGCCCGUUGUUCUUGGCUGUGUGAUUGCUAGUGGGGGUGAACCGGGUUUCCACUUGUAUGGAUUCAUUAUGUGCAUAAGUGCCACUGCUGCAAGGGCCUUCAAGUCGGUUCUUCAGGGUAUCCUGCUUUCUUCGGAAGGAGAAAAGUUGAACUCGAUGAAUUUGCUGCUGUACAUGUCCCCAAUUGCCGUUAUAGUUUUAUUGCCAGCGGCACUCGUAAUGGAACCCAAUGUGAUAGAGGUUACUUUAUCGCUUGGCAAGCAACACAAAUUUAUGUGGCUUCUUCUUCUCGUUAAUUCAACAAUGGCCUACUCAGCAAAUUUGUCCAACUUCUUGGUGACUAAACACACAAGUGCCCUGACACUUCAGGUAUUAGGCAAUGCAAAAGGAGCUGUAGCUGUUGUGAUCUCUAUACUCCUGUUCCGAAACCCUGUCACAUUCGUGGGCAUUGCUGGCUAUACGAUGACUGUCUCGGGCGUUGUCGCGUAUGGAGAAGCGAAGCGAAGGUUUAGAUGAAAGCUUCAAUUCUUAAAAUUCAACCAUUCUUUCUCAUGAGCUCAUUGUCAUGAGAUAGCUAAUAUAUCAAUUUUUUUUUGGUCUUUAUUUGGGUACUGAGAUUAUAUUUGGAGCAUGGUGUUGUAUGAUAUAUAUAUAUACCAUUAGGGCUGAGUCCUAAAUUAUGCUAUAUGUAUCAUUUAUUCUUAUAAUAAAGAUUUUGAGGAAUGAUCCAAAA